UAAUAAUAUCUCAACGUUAUGAAUCAAGCACUGAUGUUGUUUUUGGUUUUUUUGCAUGUCACGGUGAGUUCUAUAGGAACCACGUUGAAUUAUUUCUUGGACGACAAGAUAAACAGAGCGGAGGUUCUUUUCCCGGGAGUAGGUUGCUUCUUGAUCGCUGUCUUCCUUGGCGCUGCUGUUCACUAUUCUAAUGCAACUGAUGUCAAAGCUAAACUAGAGUCUUUACCUAGCGAGUAUAAAGCUGGGAUACACAGGGAAGGGUAAGAAGAUGCUAAAGUAGUUCCGAAGUAUUGUAUUCUAAUAGGGCUGUAGGAUGUUACAAGAGUAACAUGUUAACUUAAAGAUUUAAAAAUUUCACAGGGAUUUCUAUUCUUCCAUUAAAAAAGGUGAGGACAACCCUGAAAAAGGUAAACCCUAUUAUAUAUUUUAUAAGAUUGAGAAACUUUGUGAUGAUCUUAUGAUCUAUUCUUAGGUUUGUCCUUACCCUUAACAGAGGAAACUGAUCUCGAGUCUCAUGAGCAACCAGUAGAAAAAGCGAAAGCGGGGACGGCAGGAUUCUUUGUAGAGCUAGAGAACAAAAGAGCAAUCAAGGUUCAGUCACAUUGACCAAAGAGAAAAAAAAAAAACUCGAAACCUUGAACUCAAAGUUCGAAACUUGUUAUGCAAGAUUGCAUAACAAAAGGAGAGUAUAUUCUUGGUUGGUGUUAAGAAAAAAACUUCUCAUUGGCAGGUCUUUGGAAAGAGCACAAUGAUCUGACUCUUUUUAACGCUCUUCGCUGGAACCUGCCUCUCUUUGUUCUCUCCUGCAUUCAACUUGGCAACAAACGGUCAAUGGAGCACAUUGCCAAAAGGCGUGCCUAAGCUUGUUGUCUACACGGCCUUCUUCUACUUCUCCAUCGCGGGUUUUCUCAUCGCUCUGAUUCUAAACCUCAUCUUUCUUUACCGGCCUAUGGCAGGCUUAGCGAGAUCAUCGCUUAAGAAAUAUGUAAAAGACUCUAAAGGUAGAAGUUGGGCUGUUUUUGCUGGCUUCUUGUGUGGGUUUGGUAAUGGUUUGCAGUUUAUGGGAGGUCAAGCUGCUGGAUACGCGGCUGCAGACUCUGUCCAAGCACUACCUCUUGUGAGCACAUUUUGGGGUAUAAUUUUGUUUGGAGAGUAUUGGAGAUCGUCCAGAAGAACUUAUGUACUUCUCGUUAGCAUGUUGCUCAUGUUUGUGGCGGCAGUGGCCAUUCUCAUGGCGUCUUCUGGUCGCCGUGGUCACCGGAAAUGAUGACAUUUUCUUAUAUAGUUUUACUAUACGUUUGAGGGCUCGUUGUGAAUAUCAAUAAUCGAAUGUUGCGUUUAUUUUUAUUUUCUAAUCAAGUUGGAAAAUAUUUGGUAU